GACAACAAAUCGAACACACAACAAUAUCUACAGAAAAGGAUCGCUUUAAAAGUUGCUGAUUGAUGGCAUUCGCGAAACCAGCAGCCAAGAGUAUGAAACUCCAUGUUAAACACGGUACCAAAGUUUAUGACAUUAAGUUACAAGCUGACCAAGGGAAUGUACUGACAGUCAAAGACCUGGUGAAAAAAAUCUAUGAAGUUACAGAAAUUCCACCAGCCAAUCAAAAGAUUCUAUAUAAAGGCAAAACUUUAAACAAAGACCCAGAGGCAUAUCUGAGCUCUGUCGGAUUAAGUGACAAUGCAAAAGUCAUGCUUCUUGGAAAACGGCCUGAUCCUAUGGAUGACAAGGAGAUGGGGAGAUUACAUAACAUAGAGCAGUCUCUAAAGAAAGAGGAAGAAAAAUUAAGUGAGGUCACAUAUGAGCUGGACGGAAUACACAGGGGAUUUAUGGAUGAAUCUCUAAAGGCCCCAGCUUUACAACAAAGUAAGAAGAGAGUUGCCCAUGUGAUAGAACAAUACAUGAAAAUGCUGGAGGCACUAGACAGCUUAAAUCUAGAUGAACACAAUACUGGAGGGAGGGCAAAACGUAAGAGUCUUGUGGACAGAAUUCAGACCCUCCUUGACAGAUGUGAUGGUCUAACAAAGGGAAUAGAAGAUAUGCUGACAAGAUGAAAUCAACAUACAGUAAUCAAUUUCAUAGGCAUUAUCAUCACUAGCUAGGUAAAUGUUUCAUGUAAGGCAUAUGCUUUUUCUAUUCAUGAAAAAGUUUCACAAAAUUUUUCCUCCAUCUUCAUACCAGUAUUGUAACACUUUGCUCUUUCAAAUAAAAUUAUUAUGAAGAGCAAUUACAGACACUGUAUAUACCAUAAAAAAAAAUGAAAUGUCCAAUUUGCAAGUGAAAAUUCAUGUAAAUUAUGAAUUUCAACCAUUUAUAAUUCACUGAUAAUUUGAAAUCUGUCUUUUAUGUUGCAGUAAUGGUGAUAAAGACAGAUGAUGAUGACCCAAGAGUGUUAGAUUUUAGUGCUUUUUUUAAAGAAGUAGUAAAAAGACCGAAAAAUUAAUUUUUAACUCAGGAAUAAGGUUUAAAUUUGGACCACUGCCCAGGUGUCUUGACCGUGAUGUUCAUUGAACAUAAAUUAUAGCUUGAUACAGAGACAGUGAUUUCUAUUUUAAGUCAUCUGUUUGAAAAAUUGGUAUGUAAUUAAGUAAGUAUGUAUUAUUUUUAGUUGUCAAAAUAGGAGUACAAAAUGUUCUUUGUCUAACUUUAAAGUGGCAUUUGUUAUGCUGUAUUGAGUCAUCAGCAACUAAAAAAAUCAGGUAGCCUUUUGUGUGAAUUGCAUCUAGGUAGGAAUGGACACUCUGCCAAGAGAGGCAACUCUCUAUUUACAAAAAAAAAAAAAAAAUUGUCAUCUUCAACGAUGUUUUAUCUCAAAUUUUGUCUUUGUAUGGUAUACUAAAUUUGCUUGAAUUUCUUUUUUUUUUUAUUUGAUCUCUGUUUCUUUCAAAUUAUUGAAAUAAUUACAGAAAAAAUAUAUUUGGCAAACAGAUGGUCACUUUACUUCUAUUAUAAGGGAAACAAUUUACCAUAGGGAAAUCUUGGUUCAUACAAAUUUUUAUUUUGAAAAUACCCGGGUAACAGAGUUUUUCAAGUAGCAAAGGCUUGAACAUGGUCAAGCAAGACUUGUGCCAAAGAAAAGACAAGUAGAACAACACCAUAUUAACUCUGAAAGGUGUGAUGGAGUAUGACGAUGAACGCUUCCUAGUUCAUGUAUCAUAAAAAUAAUUGCAUCACCAAGUGCUUUUAUCCUUUCUGCAUAAUGUGCAUAGUCAUUUUCAACAUUAAUAUCCUUGUCAUCAAAUUCAUAAGGAAAUCCCAAUCAAUUCCUCUCAUAGUUUUAAUUAAACAAAACAGUCUUCAAUAAUUUUGAGUGAAGUGAUGUUUGAUGUGACAUUUAAAAGCUAUCAUUCUCAAGAGUAGAUUACAAGAAUAAGAAACUUGUAAAUCAAAUUGAUUUGUUGUUAUAUUUUAUUGUUUUUAUUAAACGUGAUUAAUAAAGUAAAUGCAAGUGUGAA